AUGCUGUCCUCCACUUACAGAAACAUCUUCAAUGACUACGUCCCACCAUACAUCUCACACGAGGAAGCACCUGAGACGUGUCACCAUGACGGCACAUUAGGCUCUGUUGAGGAUAUUGUCUCUCGUAUCAUCAACCGCCUGCCCUCCGCCCCUCCGACUCCCCCACCCCGGCCUCGUCCCGGCCCUCUCGGCCCGCGACCGGAUGUUCCAACACCACCACCCAGCCCUUAA